GCUGCUAGGAUUUCAGAGAGUCAAAAAGUUUAUAAAAUUGCUAUAAACUAAGUAAAUUGUGACAACUUUUAUUAUUGCAAAUAUUUGCAGUGGGCUAAUAUAUAAAAACGGAACAUUAUAAUCGUUAAAAGAUGUCCAGAAAUGUUCGUGCUUGCGUAAAUUUGCGGGUAUACGUCUAGGAGAGAGUGGAACAGAUGACUAGGAGUCAGUACAACUAUGUAUUCUGCCUUGGCCCACACACACCUGUCGGUGACAAAACCGGAUAAAAAGUUAUUCCAGUAAAAUGAUUAAAUAUUUAACUCGUAGAAGAAUGUAUUUUUUAAACAUAUACAUAUUUCUAAAACGCGAGAAAAUUACGAAUAUAAACAUACAUAAACAUAAUACAUGUAGAUUUGUAUAACGUUUUUUUGCAAUAGAAAAAAUGCUGGACAAACAAGUCUAAAAUUGGCUUAAAGCAACCCUGUUAGCCUUCUUUAACAAAUUUUAUCUGUGGAUUUUUAUAUGCUACCAAGCUGUAAGAUUUUAUCGCCUAUUGCGGCAAGAGACGAACUAAUCUUUAGAAGACCGAAAACAAAUGCAAAUUUUAUGCGACAGUAACUGGAAAACUUUGCAAUUUGCAAAUCGCCUAUUUGCUAGCAUUGCUUCAAGACGUCCUAAGUUUGAAAGUUCCUUUUAGACCGGUAACAGUUUUCUAACAACAAAGUGCCGAGAUGUCUAGCACUUCCUCCACAGACGACAGUGGCGAUCUUUUUGACCCACUUGCGGAAGAAUUGCAAAACGUUCAAUCAGUUAUACAUGUUACUCGAGAAAAUAUUGAUGCUCUGAAUGCAAAAUUUGCUAAUCUUCAAGAACCACCUCCGAUGUAUAUCACAGAGUACCAAGAGCUUACUUCAAAAUUACAUGAUCUUUUCGUAAAAGAACACGAACUUAUGGAUCAGCUAAGCUGCCAGCAAGAAGAAUCUAGCCAAGUCGAUCAGCAAAAAAUUCAACUCGAAUAUAGUAAUCAAACACACCAUUACCAGAACCAACAACAACAUGGUCAGAUAGCAUCUACUGAUAUGACGGAUUGUUAUGCUACAAACAGCAACAAUGGCAGCCAAUGCAGUACAUUGACACGUCCGCCAAAGGUAUUGCUGCGUGCUCAUUUACCAAACCAGCAACGAACAUCUGUGGAGGUAGUGCCUGGAGUGCGGUUACGCGAUGCGCUUAUGAAGGCGCUUAAGUUGAGACAAUUGACUCCUGAUAUGUGUGAAGUUACAGCAACAGAUUGCGGGCGUAUUAUCAUUCCGUGGGACACUGACAUAAGUUCUUUGAUGGUGGAAGAAAUUUAUGUGCGGUUAUUGGACAAAUUUCCAAUAAUGACACAUAUUUCGCAUCAAUUCAUAAGAAAGACGUUUUUCUCCUUGGCUUUUUGUGAGGGCUGCCGACGCCUGCUCUUCAGUGGUUUCUACUGCAAUCAAUGUAAUUUCCGGUUUCAUCAAAGAUGUGCUGAUAAAGUACCAACACUAUGCCAACAAUUUCCAAUGGAUAACUACUAUCAACGACUAUUAGCUCAAAACCCAGAAAAUUCUGUUGGUAUUUUACAUCCGGGAAGGAAUGCUGUAUUAGGGCAAGUAAGACAUCCUCGUACUAUAAGUCAGCAGGAUAGAUCAAACUCCGCACCUAACGUUUGUAUAAAUAACAUCCGACCGCUGACGGAAGCACAACGUAGUCUAGUGCAAAACCAUGGCCCUCUACAGCAUCCCAGCAGCGAUCAUUCCAAUUCAACACAAGCAUCUCCUACCGGCACUUUGAAAACCAUAAAGCGACAAAGAGCGCGUUCGGCAGAUGAAAGCAAUAAAAAUCUGUUGUCACCUAGGGAUGGAAAAGGAUCCGAAGAAAAUUGGAAUAUUCAAGCUGAGGAGAUAUUAAUUGGGCCAAGAAUCGGCUCUGGGUCCUUCGGAACAGUGUAUAAGGCUCAUUGGCACGGCCCCGUCGCUGUAAAAACGUUAAAUGUAAAAACGCCUAGUCCUGUUCAGUUGCAGGCAUUCAAAAAUGAAGUGGCAAUGCUUAAGAAAACUCGACAUUGUAACAUUCUUUUGUUCAUGGGCUGUGUCUCGAAACCCUCGCUAGCAAUUGUAACACAAUGGUGUGAAGGUUCCAGUUUGUAUAAACAUAUACAUGUUAAUGAAACUAAAUUUAAACUUAACACAUUAAUUGAUAUCGGUCGUCAGGUGGCUCAGGGUAUGGAUUAUCUUCAUGCUAAAAAUAUCAUUCACAGAGAUCUAAAGUCAAACAACAUAUUUUUGCAUGAGGAUUUAUCGGUAAAGAUAGGUGAUUUCGGCUUAGCCACUGCAAAGACACGCUGGUCUGGCGAAAAGCAGGCUAAUCAACCAACUGGUAGUAUUUUGUGGAUGGCACCAGAAGUGAUACGCAUGCAAGAACAAAACCCAUACUCUUUUCAAUCUGACGUGUACGCUUUUGGAAUAGUUGUGUAUGAACUCUUGGCAGAAUGCUUACCAUAUAGCCACAUAAAUAAUAAAGAUCAGAUUCUAUUUAUGGUGGGACGCGGACUCCUUCGACCUGAUAUGACUAGAGUACGUUCGGACGCUCCACAAGCAUUAAAACGCCUGGCUGAAGAUUGCAUCAAAUUUGAUCGAAAUGAUCGUCCUCUAUUUCGGCCACUACUAAAUAUGCUUGAAAAUAUGUUAAGAGCAAUGCCGAAAAUUCAUCGCAGUGCCAGUGAACCAAAUAUGACGCAAACGCAGUUGCAUAGUGAAGAUUUCUAUCAAUGUCCCAGCCCCAAAACACCGGUGAAUUUCAGUAAUUUCCAAUUCUAUAAUAGUGCUGGCAAUAUCUAGCGCUGCUGAUCCGACGCUACAAUUGUGAUAACCCUAAUGCGGAACAGACGACGUCGUUUGUGAAUAGAAAGAAAACGAUCGUGCCAUAAGGCUGGACAAUGACGUCACGUUCCAAAGUUUAGAUGAGUGAAAAGGGAAUAUCUUAGAAUGAAAUGUUUUUGAUGUCACCUUGACUCAAACCGGCAAAUACUUAAAAUAAUGUCUCACUUUUAUCUUUGACUAAGCUCCUACACAUUGUAAUUUGUUAUAUAAAAUCCUAAUAAGGUAGAGAUAGAUUUAAUACCCUGUACAAACAGGUGAAAAAAUAGUUAGUUGGCACCGAUUUGGUGCGUUAGAAAGCAUAUAAUCAUCUAAUAUCUGGCUUAGCCUGAUAAAUAUUUUAUGAAGACAUGUGUAAGGGUUCGAUUAAAAUUGUGGGGAUCUGUAAACAGUUUAAAAAUUUAAGUAGCAUAAUUAAGUGAAAAUUGAGAUUGUAACUAUAACUUAAAUAUUACAAAUGCAUUUUAUGUAUACAUUAAAUAUUGUGUAAAUGAUGAACAACUAAGAUCUAUAUAUAUACAUAAACUUAUACAUAAAUGUAAAGUACUUCGCAAGACAGGUGUUAACCUACAUGCAUAACUGAAACCUGUGUAACUA